UCAAACAGUGGAAGAAGCUCAGUUUCAGAUUCGGAACUCUCUAACUCUCUCUAUAUCUCUGAGUUUCAGAAAUGAAAACGAUGAAAGGAGGAGAAGGGAACGAGUACAAGAAAGGACUGUGGACGGAGGAAGAAGACAGGGUUUUGAUGGAAUACAUCGGAGUUCAUGGAAGAAAGCACUGGAACCGCAUUUCCAAAGUCACUGGCUUGAUGAGGAGUGGGAAGAGCUGCAGGUUAAGAUGGCUCAACUAUCUCAGUCCAAACGUCAAACAUGGCAGUUUUACAGAGGAAGAAGACGACCUCAUCAUUCGACUCCAUAAUCUUCUUGGAAACAGGUGGUCUCUAAUAGCUGGAAGGGUGCCUGGAAGAACAGACAAUCAAGUAAAGAAUCAUUGGAACACUCAUUUGUGCAAGAAACUUGGAAUUACUAAGCAAACCAAAAGACCCAUGAAACAUAAAGAAUCUUUAAAAUCUAGUGCUUCACAAUUAGAAGAGGCUCGAAAUGUUCACACAUCUCUAGAUUCUAUGCCUGUGAUUCCUCUUGCUCUCAACCAUAAAGGCAAAGAAGCUGAGAUACAAGGUCAAGGAAGCCGCAUGAGCAACAAUAAUUCUAUGACAAAUGUUGAAGAAGCACAACAUUGUUGGCCAUCUACGGAAAAAGAUCACUUUGACCAAGCUUUUAUGUUUAAUGAUGAUCAUACCUUUGUUCUACACAGUCCUCCCAGGUUAAUGGAAUUCUUUGAUGGAUUUGAUAUGAUUUAAGUUGGAUGGCUGGAUUUGAUAAAUAAUUAAUAAAACAUAUCAAUUUUGUUUUCUUUC